AUGGCUGGACAAUUUACCGUUUUCCUUCUGAUAACUCUCGGUUCCUUGAACGUUGCAGAGAAGGUUUGUGGCUUUCACAGCUGCUGGGAUACCUCCUCUGAAUGGCAGUGUGAAAACCUUAUUCGUAGUAUCCUGGCUGAGCAAGACGACGACGGUUCUUUUAAUGGCCACCUGAUGACAACUAUGCAGGUAUUGCCAUCGCUGGUCGGCAAACACUACAGUGAAAUCAACACUGAAAUGUGCAAUAUUACAUCGAACAAAGACAAGCAAGACAUCAUUCAGCUGUUUUGGGAAAAUGUCGGCGGAGACUUAAUUUCGGUGUCUAUAACUGUUAUUGAUACCAUCAACUAUGACCAGGUAUUAGGGAAGUUCAACGUCUAUGUAUCCCCUGGGAAUAAUCUGUAUAGCAUUAUGAUUGCUCUAGAGGCGUCCACUGACGGGGAAUUCAAUUUUAUUGCUGAGGACUCUGCAUGGGGUCACUAUAUCACUUCAAUGUAUGGCAUUCAAAGCAGUACUGUGGAUGAAACAUACUGGGCCAUUUACAACUACACGCAACCAUUGGCAGUCGGCGUGGAUGACUACUACCCCAACAAUGAUGAUAAUAUCAUCUUCAAAUUCACCAGCUAUGCUGCGGUAGAUGCAACUGAUGACACAGUGGAGAGUGGCAGCCAGCAAAAGAACCCCCAAUCAUUAGUAUUGGUGAUUUUAUUCUCACUUGGAGAACUCUUCUUCAGAUGGUACAACUUUUAAGUCAAAGACCACUUCAUUUAAUCAAUAUCAUCAGAUUUGUUCUUUUAUCCAGCAACCACAUUUGUGCUAAUUUUAACUUUCUUUAAUCUAAUAUACAUUUCACAAGAAUUAUGGGCAUAAGGAUACUAUCAUUUACACUUACCAAAUAUAUACUUUUUUGCAACAUAGACUAGGUAAUAUAAUGUAUUCAAUCAGACACGUAUACAUUUCUCGAAUUUGGGUAAUCAACAUUAUUACCAACAUAUUCAUGAUGCCAGCGCAUGUAUAUUUUCAUUGAAUAUUAUUGAUGUCUUUGAUAUAAUCCAAAUAUGUAGUUAAAUUCAUACAUUAUCUAGUAUAGUGGCAGAAAAGGCCACAAUUAGUUUCAGUGUGACAGUCUGAAAGCAGUGGCAGAUGUUGAACUCUUAUUUACACGGUGAUACAGUUGCUAGAAUAUACAAUGAUCAAUGAAUGUGAGUGAAUUUGAGUAGUUUGAUUGAAAAUACAGUGGACAAAAUAUAUAUUUUCGUGAAGACUAUAUUUUAUACAAAACUAAUAAUUACAAAUCUUAUUAUUAAAAAUUGCAGUAGUUGUAGCAUGAAUUGACCAUGUUAUUGACGAUUGAAAAUACAGUGGACAAAAUAUAUAUUUUCGUGAAGACUAUAUUUCAUACAUAAUUACAAUAAUUACAAAUCUUAUUAUUAAAAAUUGAUAUAUAGCUACAAUUUAUGGAAUUGAUGAGCAAUUGUCAACUGAAUGUAUAUACUUCGACAUAGCAGGUCUUUAAGGAUUCAAUGACAGCAUAAUUUCGUGUAUCUUUUACAAAUAAUAAUAAUAAUUGUAUCAUUUAGUUGUUUUCCCUGCUUUUGAAGGUUAACAGUUCAUUUUAUAUGCAUUCAUAUUAUAUUUAUUCCAGAUACAGAUUUUGAAAUUAUGCUUAUUUUUGAUCGACCAGCAUUUAAACUUGGAAUUUACAAAUAAAGAUAAUCAUAACAAUUCAAUUGAGUUUCAACAAUA